AUGGCUAGAUCUUCGAUAUCACAGCGAGCUCUGCGAACUCCUCCUCGAUCUACCCGAGGAAAACCUACCAUCUCAUAUGCAGAACCUUCAACCGACAGCGAACUCGAUUUAGAGGAGGAAGCAGAAAAUGGUGACGCCGAUGAACAAUCACGUAGCGAUACCUCCAAUUCUCCUCCCGCGAGACGAUCUCGAACACGCACCCGAAAUGCUUCACAGCCUCGCUCUGCGAUCAACAUAUCACAUGUAGCUCCCACAAAAAGCACUCGACAGAAGCCGGCCAUUUCAUACACAGAACUCUCGACUGAUGCCGAGGAGGAGAAUAGCGAAGACAAUGAAAAUUCGAAUAGUGGCACCUCCCAUACGCCCCGUGUAAGACUCCCUCGAAAUGUUACAAACUCUCAUUAUUCUACCAAGCGACGUCGUGCUAUCACUACAAAUUACCACGAUUCCCAUGAGUCGACGACAAAGAGAAGAAAACAAAUGCGUUCGAUCUCUUCUAGAAGAUCAAUAGUUCAGACGCCAUCUGCCACAGUUGUAAAGGAAACCGGGAAUACUCCGCCAUGGCAGACUUUACCAUAUCAUAUUCUUGUUCAGAUAUUCGAGUACGCUACAUAUCCCUUGUAUGAAGAAGGAACCUUUCAGCCCCUUCCAUCUGGUAGAUGGCUUCUGGACGCCGCAUAUCUUUGUCGGGGAUUCGCCGAGCCAGCUUUUACAGUUUUAUACAAUUCGCCUCCUCUUGUUCCAAUGGACAAAGCUCACCGACUCGUAGAUUUACUUAAAUCCGACCCUGAGUCGGUGGCGUUUGGAUACAGACAGAAAGUUGUCAACCUUCGAAUUGAGGUCAGACAAGUUGCGGCUUAUUCUCUACCUGGAAGUGGACUUCUGGAUUUGUAUGGCUUGAUAAAGGACUUGCCGAGAUUGGCGGAUUUAGAGUUUUACGACCAAAAAGACUCGAAGCCGUUCAAACAACUUGACGAUCCGAUCAGAUGGGAAUACCCAGAUACCGUGUUUGAGGCACUUGAGCACGUUGAUCCGGCGGCAGAUUCUACCAAAGGUAGCAAAACCAGUCUGUGCAAACUAAGAAGCUGGCGUUGGUCGUCGAGAUUAGCAGGUAAAAAAUGGCCUAUCGAAAAAAUUCGUGAGAUACACCUCAAACCAAUUUUUGCUUGGCUGAAGAAGGUUGCUUUUGUCAAUUAUCAAAUCCGCCCCCCUAAAAAAGGCGAGGAUGAUCCAAAGCUUGAAGAAUUAUUGGGUAGAGCGCUAUCUGCCCUAGAGAACUUGGAACAUCUAGUAUUCGAAUCAUCAACGCUACUUAAUGCGAAGUUGAUGCCCCUCCUGCCAUCGAACUUGCGCAAUCUUGAGAUCACUAAUUGCUGGGAGGUCACCGCUGAGAUGCUUGGCGAAUAUCUCCUGACCGGCGGCAGACAACUUCGCUGUCUCACCCUCAAUCAUAACUCUGCCUUGAGUUUAGCAUUUCUACCUUCACUAGGCGCAGCAUGUCCAUAUCUGGAAGUUUUAAGAAUGGAUCUUCAAUAUUUCGAUGCGCAUGUUUCUUACCAUAACUCCGAGCCGGACUACGAUCAAUUACUCAAAAGUGAUGAAAUCCCCGUAUGGCCAUCCACACUCCAAACCCUCGAGCUUGUUAAUCUACGCAAAUGGGAAAAAGAAGCUGCAGAGAUGUUCUUUCAAAGUUUGUUAGAUAGCGCAGGCGAACUACCGGAUCUCAGGAUUCUGGUUAUACAAACUAGCAUUAGUAUCGGAUGGAGAGAUAGGGCUGACUUUAGGGGAAAAUGGAUCGGAACUCUAGGUCAAGUUUUUAAAAGGAUUUGCGAUCCUCCGAAGCUGUUUAUCAAAGCUUCAGAAUUGCCAGGAAUGAAUGUUCCUAUUAUCGGACCAGGCAUCGGGGAUAUCGACCGGAGCCCAGCAAAGAACCGGGAGGUCCAACAGAAAAGAAAAUCUCUACCAAUUCGCCACAGCACGCGCUCUAAACGCACAACCAACUAUGCAGAAAGCCCCGAUCAUUCUAAUGAUGAAAGUGAUGGCAACAACGCAUCUUCUUCCUCAAAUCUUCCUUCUAGAUCUGUCCCCUCGGAUCGCGAAAUCGCUCAAAGAAGUCGUGCUACAAGGGAGAUUCGCAUGUUGAAAAUAACGGCGGGGAUUGACGGGUUUCCUUCUUCGCCGCCACAGACUCCUAUCUUGGAGGACGAAGAUAAGGAUGAUGUAGAUGAGAAUAGUGAGAGUCAGAGUGGGGAUGGUAAUGGCUAUGGGAAUGGCAAUGUAAAGAAGGGAAAACAAAAGCAAAAUGUAAUUAUUCAAGGAAUGUGUGAGGUGGUUAAUGUAAGGAUUGAUAAUUUGAGGCCGGCGGAGACGCAAUUUGGUGAGGCAGACUUUUUAGAUAGUGAGCCUGAGGGUGAUGGGGAUUGGGAUGGGGAUGAUGGGUUUGUGGAGGGGGGGUUGGCUUGGUGA